AUGCCUUCCCGACGUCCAAAAGUCAUGAUUCUUAUAUGGAAAGAUAGAUAUUUGAGUCGUGACCCGCGGCGAAGUGGAAAGAGGUCAUUUGGAUCACUCGUUGGACCGGAACUUAUUUUCUACCAAGACAUGUCCGACGAGCGCCUAAGUAGAGCCCAUGGAGACUUUGAUGGAUCAAGAGGCCCGGAUACCGCGCCCAAGGCCUUGGCUCAUCUUGACACUAGCAUAACUCAAUCCAGAAGCUUCCAUUGGCCUGAACGCGGCCCAUUCAAGAACUUGGAGAGCAAGCUCAAGCGGCUAAAGAGAAAUGGAAACUUUCCUCUUCUGCGCGCGCUCAACUUUGCCGACCUAGACCCGCUCUCUACCUAUAUAUACUUGCUUUUAGCCUCUUGUAAUAAGAAUCACCAGCCGCAUAACAAGAAACACUUAUUCAAUAAAGAGCCACUUAGGUACUUGGAGAUGAAUCACAACACCAACAUCCACUUUGGGAACCGGACACUGAUCCCACACGAUCUCCACGGCCGGAGUUACCAAGACCCAGCCGUAAGCAUCGUGCCACAUCCGUUCCCUCCCAACCGCGCUCAUCCGACGUUUGAAGGACCUAGCCGAGACGAGCAUCAUUACCAUCAUCAUCAAAACCGACCUCCGGUUUAUCAUCAACCACCUAGACCAGUGUUGCAUUCACACCACGACCAUGUUCUCAAUAGGCGGAGAGAUAGCCAUUUCGAUGCCGUGCUUGAGGGUUUCAUGGAGAGCCAAAGAAAAACUAGCCGCGACAUUGAGACAAAGCUAGAGUUCACGCGAUACGAACUAGAUGGAAGACUUGGAGAACUCUCUACCCAAAUAGAGAGAGUAGAGUCAAGAUGCUUGGACAUGGAGGAAGAUUUGAAGAAGCAAGGCGAGGCCAUUGAAGACAAUAGGAGAGCGAUACACUUUACCAAAGUUUCUACCAAGGAGAUGGACAAUCACUUAGAUGAGAAGAUCACAAGUCUUGAUAACAACCUCGAUGGCACCACCAAGAGUCUCAAUUCAAUAACAGCAGUAGCUCAUCAAGCUAAGAGGGAGGCACAAAUCCGAGAUUUACACAUCUCUCUAGACAAGAGGAGCCAAGAUAUUCAAAGAAGAGCUAGAGGGCUUGAAGACAAAGUAGAUGGAGUCUCCAAGGAAGUCAAGGAUUUAACCACUCGCUUAGCCAACUUGGAAGAGAAGGUCUUGACCGAGGCAAAGACGACCGUUCUAAGCACAACCAUGCCGCGCCCGUCUUUACUAUAA